AUGCGCUAUACACGGGCAAGUGUACCGGAGGACAAGCUAUAUUUAGCUUCGACAGCCGUCCUUAUGAGUGAAGUUCUGAAAACACUCGUAUGUCUUGUUGUUGUAUAUACUUUAUUACCAACUCACAAAAAAACAAUACCGAAAUUAGCAACAUUCUUAUACCACGAACUCAUUGUCAACUGGAGAGAAACUGUGAAGUUAGCUCUACCUGCCAUCUUGUACUUGAUACAGAAUAAUCUACAGUAUGUGGCUGCCACCAAUUUGGAUGCUGCUACUUUUCAAGUAACAUACCAGUUAAAGAUCUUGACAACGGCUUUUUUCAGUGUGGUCAUUCUCAAACGAAAAUUAUCGACUCGUAAAUGGAUUGCCUUGGCGAUAUUGACCGCCGGCAUUGCAUUGGUUGUUAUGCCCAAAGGAGAAAAGAAAAUAAUAGCCACAGAACAAGAAACAUCUAUCGGAAAUCAGUCGAAUGCCAAAGGCCUGCUAUCUGUAUUCACAGCUUGCAUAUUAUCAGGAAUCGCUGGUGUAUAUUUCGAAAAGAUCGUAAAGACCGCUACAAAAGAAGUGGACCUAGAAAAAGAUAAAAAUUACGAUUCAGAACAAGCGAUAAAGACUCAAUUAUGGAUCCGCAAUAUACAAUUGUCACUGUUCUCAGUUAUAUUGGGCUGUAUAUUUGUAGUGGGCUUACAAGAUGGCACUAAAAUCAUCCAAGAUGGAUUCUUCCAAAAUUAUUCGUAUCUGACUUGGAUGGUUAUUUUGAUCCAAGCAGGUGGAGGAUUGAUUGUAGGCUUAGUGGUGCGAUACGCAGAUAAUAUCUUGAAAGGCUUUGCCACAAGUAUCAGUAUUAUCUUGUCGAGUUUUAUUAGCUUUUGGUUAUUUAAUUUCGAGAUAACAGUGACGUUUGGAAUAGGUGCAUUACUUGUUGUAUACGCCACUUAUAUGUACGGAAGUUCCUCUUAA